UUUAUUCUAUGAAGAAUAUUUAGUUUGGAUUUUUUUUUGGGAACUGUAACAGCUUAUAAAUUUGAUAAAAACACAUGACAAAGAUGUAUCAUUUGAGAAAAUCAAAGAAAAAACAACUAUUCUGUAAAGAUAGAAAGCAUUAUCUUCUGUAAAUAUAUGAAAUAAAUUGUCUAUUUAAGCAAGUGUAGACAAAAACUGUGGGGUUUUGCUUCUUGUUGCUCAGAACUUGCAAGUCUACGUUUCCAUAUAUAUUAAUAACAAAAUAAAUGAAAAGCGACAAGAAAAUGAUUAUAGUAAGCUAGUAUUGGAUGAUUGAUUGCCUUGCAUUGCGUAAGCUCUCAACCUUAGAAACAACUUUCUGACUUUUAAAGUUUUCCAAAUUUCGAUUAUACAAUAUCAACAUGCCAUAUAACAAGUGACCUAGUUUAAAUUGUUGCCAUGUGAUAGUUGCAUAUGGAAAAUAGAAGAAAGUUUCUUGCGGAUUGGUUGCAAUCUAACUCUUAUACACGUCAGAUAUUUAUGAUGGAUUUGUGAGCUCAAACUACGACAUAAAUUGUGAGUCUAAUCGGUUGCAAUCUAACUCUUAGUGUAUUUAUAUGUUUUGAUUGGCAAUACGACUUUCAAGGAUGGUCAGAUCUGGUUGCGACGACUUUCUCUUUUAUGGUUCAACAAUAAUGUAAUGUUACGACAUAAUGUGCACAUAUUGAGAGAUAAAGAUCAACCCUUAUAGAAGUUGUGACGGAUUAAAAAUUAUUUUAAAAGAUUUAAAAGAAUAUGACUUUUUAUUAUCUAAUGUACUAUUCUAUGAUAAUUUGAUAAAUUGGUUUGAUUCAGUGUAUAUAUAAGUUUGUGUAUUUUUCAUUCUAUUUCUGAUGAAAAAUUAAUAAAUAAUUCUCUUUAGACAUGUUUUGUUUCUAUUCUCAACUUUAUCAUAGUGAUAAAGGUCGACUAGCUAUUUUCCCAAGAGAACUAUGAUAUAGCACCAAAUAUCUUCAAAACUAUUGUCUCUAUAUACAUGUCCCCGAGACUAAAGUUUUAUAGCUAUUUCCCUCUGAAUUUAUAGUUCGAGACCUAUUUCCCCACAUUGAUCGAAUUAGACUGUUUAAUAUCGGUUUAUUGUUUUACAUGAGACUAAACCGAAAUUACGACCAGAAGUAAGACCCGACCAAAGAUUUACCUGACCAAAAGUAACACCCGAGCAAAAACAAAAACCAACCCGACCCUUACAUAUGUUCCUAAACCCAAAACACAAAAAUCCCUAAUUCUCUGACUAAAAUAAGAAGCCUAAAUUCAUUUUCUGGAGCCUCAUCAUGUCAAAUUGAAGGUUCGUUCACAAAGUUUUCAACUAGUUGUUCGGUUUCAAAUUUGUCUCUUUCUCCGCAGCUUCUUCGUCGAACUCAUCUUCCACGAUUGGACCCUCCACGUUUUGUAAAGCUCCAGAGAUUGACUCCAUUGAUAAAUCGAAUGAUAUUUUUUUUUCUAGGUCUCAACAAACUGAGGAAUUUUUUUAAUUAAGGGUUUCGAUGGAAUACCGGGUCUGGGUUUGGAUCAAUUUUUUUCUAAUGUGUUUGGGUCUCAAAUCGGGUUUAAAUCGAUCUUAUUUGGUUAACUAUCAACUUUAAUCGAUUUAGCCUCAGGUAAAACAGUAAACCGAUAUUAAACCGUCUAAUUCGAUCAUUGUGGGUAAAUAGGUCUCGAACUAUGAACUUGGGGGGGAAUUAGCUAUAAAACUUUAGUCUUGGGGACGUAUAGAUAGAAGCAAUAGUUUCAGAGAGAUUGGGUGCUAUAUCAUAGUUCUCGUGGGGAAAUAGCACGUCGACCCCAGUGAUAACGUGUCUCAAGAUCAAAUCUAUGAAUCUAUUGUUACAAGAAAAAUAUGUGAAUCUCUCUUCGCCAUCCGUGGAGGUUUGAUGAGCUAAAUAAAGGGUUCAUUUAUUGGAAAGAUUUCUAUAGAUGGUAUGCUUCUCACACACACUUUGUUUGAACUUCAUAAAGUCAUUUUUUCACAAAGCCAUUUUUAUCUACUUUGCCAAUAUUUUGUUGACAAGUGACUUUGCCAAUAUUAACAUUGCCAAAUAUAGACUCCUUCUUCAUCGGUGUUCCAUCGAUCAAAUAACCUCUCAAAUCUUUCAUCCUCUCUCUUUUUGCUCUUUCUUUUGCCAAAACCCGAACCAAAAAACUGUCUAUUCUCAGCUGAAACAAACAAACUGAAUCGUUUGUCAACAGAACAAAUCAUAUAGAGAAAAAAACAUUAACAAUUAUCGCCAUUUUUAGCCAAACUCUGAUGCAGUUUCUCAAGAAUCUUGCUGCUGCAUGUUGAGAGCAAAGUCUUUGUUACAAUUUUUUUAAAGGAUAUUAGGUUCUGAUCCUAAUAAAGAUGUUAUCGUUUCGUAUCCCAUCUAUGGGAACCCAGCCGGCCGCAUUCGCAGCUAAAAUAACAGACACCACAAAGACCGUGGCACAACUAAAGUCCGCUGCGACCCCCACGCCUCACAGCACAGUCACGUGCGGCUACCAAGCUCACGUGGCGGGCUUCUUCCGUAACGUCACCGUUUUAUGGUCCAAGAAUCUCAUGAACCAUUCCCUCACCGUCAUGGUCUCGAGCCUAGACAACGACAUGAACUACUGCUGCAAGAUCGAUCUCGUCAAGCCGUGGCAGUUCUGGAGCAAAAGAGGAUCAAAAUCAUUCGACGUGGAAGGAAACUUUGUGGAGGUCUUUUGGGAUCUAAGGUCGGCGAAGUUGUCAGGAAACGGUAGCCCCGAGCCGGUCUCAGACUAUUACGUGGCAAUAGUCUCCGAUGAAGAGGUUGUUUUGUUGUUGGGAGACUUAAAACAUAAAGCUUACAAAAGGACGAAGUCAAGACCCGCGCUGGUCGAGGGGUUUAUAUAUUUCAAGAAAGAGAGCAUUUUCGGGAAGAAAACGUUUUCGACAAGAGCGAGAUUUGACGAGCAGAGAAAGGGACAUGAACUGGUGGUGGAGAGCUCGAACGAUGAGAAAGAUCAAGAGAUGUGGAUAAGCGUGGAUGGGAUCGUGUUGGUGCACGUGAAGAAUCUGCAGUGGAAGUUUAGAGGAAAUGUGAUGGUGUUGGUGGAUAGAACUCCGGUGAUGGUGUACUACGAUGUGCAUGAUUGGUUGUUUGGGAGUUCGGAAUCGACGGCGAGCUCGGGGCUGUUUUUGUUUAAGCCGGUGCCGGUUGGAGCGAUGAUGGUAGAUGAGUACUUUAGCGAUGCGGAGGAUGGGGAUAGUGGAGGAGGGAGUAGUCCUUUGAGUCGGUACAAUUCGGCAUCUAGUGGUUAUGGGCAAUUGCAUGAGUUCUGUUUGUUUCUUUAUGCUGGGAAACUUGAGUAAUAAAAUGUUAAUACACCAUAGAAACUUUAUAGUGUUUUAUUCCCUUUGAAUCUCUUUUUCUAUAAUUUAUUUGAUCA